CCGCUGGUAUUCAACUCUUUCCAAAAACCCUCCAAUCGAUCUCUAAUUUUAACCUUUUUUUCCUCCCUCACUUUCCGUUUGGUUCACGAGAAAAUCUCGAGGAAAAUAUAAAGAAUCUGAUGAAAAUGGAUCGGUACCAGAAGGUAGAGAAGCCAAAGGCUGAGACAGCUAUUAGUGAGAACGAAUUGAGGAUUGCUGCUCAAGGGAGGAUGAGGAAUUACAUUUCCUAUGCUCUUUCUCUUCUCCAGGACAAAGGCACUGAUGAGGUUGUCCUGAAAGCUACGGGUAGAGCUAUCAACAAGACUGUGAUGAUUGCUGAAUUGCUCAAGAGACGAGUUGUUGUUCUUCAUCAAAUCACAUCAAUUGGAUCUGUUGAUAUAACUGACACUUGGGAACCCUUAGAAGAAGGUCUACUUCCCCUAGAAACCACCCGCCAUAUUUCAGUUAUCACGAUUACCCUGUCUAAGAAGGAGCUUAAUUUGUCUUCUAUCGGAUAUCAGCCCCCAAUCCCAGCUGAUUAAGUAAAGCCAUUAGCUGAAUAUGAUGACGAGCGAGGUAAUAGCAAUGGUGUAGCAGAACAUAGCAAUGGGGGUUGGGAUGGUGGUCGAGGAUAUUGUGGUAGAGGUCAAGAUGGAGGGCGUGGUUUCCGUGGGCUUGGAAGAGGUUAUGGUGGUGGAAACAUGAAAAAGAAUUCAGGUUAUUACAAUGGUUAUGGUGGAUCAGGGGGAUUGCCUGCUCAAACCCGUGGUAAGAUCCUUUUCCAUUGAUGAUUCUUUUGCAGUCCUUUCCUGUUAUUUUCUUGGUUAGUUGCCUUAUAUACACCGCAAUGUGUGAACAAUCUCCCCUGUUAUUUUUUUUCCCACCAAGUACUAACCUCCUCUUCCCGCAGGCUUGCCCCCUCUUUUUUCAUGAUCAUGCCUUCCCUUUUUAAUGGUGAGUUAAGACAUAGGACAGUGGUUCAUUCAAUCAUUGCUUCAUGGGAUUUCUUACAGGUCGUGGGUGUGGCAGGGGAAGGCCUCAUGGUCGUGGUCAAGGUGUUAGAACUGGCGGGCCAAUCCAAGCAGCUGCAUGACUGGCAGUGUCAAGCAUUUGAGAUAAAACGUAAGUUUCCAGCGUGAAAAGAUGGAUUGGAUGCCUGAUCUGCACUUAACUUUUCAUCAAAUGGAAAUUGUUUCUGUAAGCUGCAUUUUUGUAGUUAGGUAUAAUUAUUCUCUUUAUCAUUAGUCAGUCGUUGUUACAGAAGUGUUACUUCGCCAUAUUAGUGUUGUACAAUUCGUAACUCCUAAUUUUUUCCCCUAUAAAUAACAGAGCAGUGCAUUCAUUCGAUUUUGUAGUGGCAUUAUUCUGUACCAGACCAAUAUUUACUUCCAUUGCUAUGGUCAAUUGGCAAGAAAUUCAGUUUUUCGUA